UUGGAACAAGAAACUGUGGUGGGAGUCAGUGUGUGUGUGUGUGUGUGUGUGUGUGUGUGUGUGUGUGUGUGUGUGUGUGUGUGUGUGUGUGUGUGUGUGUGUGUGGUGAUGUGUGUGAGUAAGGGGGCGCGGCUGCGUGUGAGUGUGAUGGAGUAAUUGUGAUGGGAUGUAUGAUUGUGGUGUUUGUGUUGUGGGUGUUUGUGAUUGUGUGUGACUCUAUGGUGUUUAAGGUCUAUCGUGAGGUGUUCGUGGUAUGUGUAGUGGUUCCUGUCUUACUUGACUUCGGUGUAGGGUUUGUCAUAGUUGGUAACUGGUUGAAAAAACAAUUCUGUAUAAAUUUUUUUUGUAUUUGUUUUUAAGCAGUACUCCCUGCCCAUUGGCCACUCUUUAGUCUCCUUUGCUGUCUUUUUUCCUCUGGAAGUUCUUGGCGCUUUUCUGCUGCUUGCCAGUUUUUCUGUGUAUGGCUUGCUUCUUUUGUUAUAUGUAUUAUUUAGCUAUUGUCAUGAUAAUAAUGCUGCCUAACAAACUAUCCCUAAACUCAGUGGCAUACUAUAGCAAGCGUUUAUUCUCAUGUUCACCUGUUCACAGGUUUUCUGUGUUCAGUUUACUUAGGCUGGGGUUGGGUGAGUAGCUGGACUGCAGUCUGGGUUUAGAUCUGCUCCACAUGUGUUCUUUCUGCUGCUCAGGUUAAAAGGACAGUAGUUACCAGGACAUGUUCUCAUUAUGGAUCACCAGAGCACAAGAAAGGUCAUACAAACACCCUUAAAAACCUCUGCUUCUAAAUAUACUAAUGAUACAUUAGCCAAAACAAGCCACAUGGAUAAGCUUAAUGUCAGUUAUACCCCGAAUGGGAGGACAAGGCAAAGUUACAUGGCAAAGACUUGGCAUUCUCAGGACUUUGACCUUUUGGAGGAAGAAGAGGAUAUGACCAAGUCUCUUGAAACAGUGACAUUUAAGGAUGUGGCUGUGGACCUCACCCAGGAGGAAUGGCAGCAGCUGAAACCUGCUCAGAGGAACUUGUACCGGGAUGUGAUGCUAGAGAACUACAGCAACCUCGUCACAGUGGGUUAUCAAGUCACCAAACCAGAUGUGAUCUUCAGGUUGGAACAAGAAGAGGAGCCAUGGGUGGUAGAGGAAGAAAUGCUUGGGAGGCACUGUUCAGAAGUUUGGGAAGUUGAUGAGCAACAGAUCAAGAAGCAACAGGAAGCACUUCUGAGGAAAGUCACAUCCAUCUCCAAGAAAACUCUGGUUAAGGAAAAUGUGAUUGAAUGUAAAAAAGUUACAAGAAUAUUUCCUUUGAAUUCAAAUAUUAUUACUUCAAGACAAAACUUCUAUGAAUGUGACUCACUUGAUAAAAGUUUGGAACAUAAUUUAGACUUACGUAGUUAUGAUAAGGACUGUAUAAGAGAGGAAAAUUAUGAAUAUAAUAAAUAUGGGAAGCCAUUUUACCAUUGCUCGUCCCAUGUUCUAAUCCCCUUUAAGUGUAAUCAGUGUGGACAAGACUUCAGUCACAAAUUUGACCUCAUCAGACAUGAAAGAAUUCAUGCUGGAGAGAAACCCUAUGAGUGUAAGGAAUGUGGAAAAACUUUCAGCAGGAAGGAGAAUCUUAUUACUCAUCAAAAAAUUCAUACUGGGGAGAAACCAUAUAAAUGUAAUGAAUGUGGAAAAGCUUUCAUUCAGAUGUCAAACCUUAUUAGACACCAGCGAAUUCAUACAGGGGAGAAGCCUUAUGCAUGUAAGGAUUGUUGGAAAGCCUUCAGUCAGAAAUCAAAUCUCAUUGAACAUGAGAGAAUCCAUACUGGAGAAAAGCCCUAUGAAUGUAAAGAAUGUGGAAAAUCCUUCAGCCAGAAGCAAAAUCUUAUUGAGCACGAGAAAAUCCAUACUGGGGAAAAACCUUAUGCAUGUAAUGAAUGUGGUAGAGCCUUUUCUCGAAUGUCAUCUGUUACUCUACACAUGAGAAGUCACACUGGUGAGAAGCCCUAUAAAUGUAAUAGAUGUGGGAAAGCCUUCUCUCAGUGCUCAGUGUUUAUUAUACACAUGAGAAGUCAUACCGGUGAGAAACCCUAUGUAUGUAGUGAAUGUGGGAAAGCGUUCUCUCAAAGUUCAUCCCUUACUGUACACAUGAGAAAUCACACAGCUGAGAAACCGUAUGAGUGUAACGAGUGUGGAAAAGCCUUCAGCAGGAAAGAAAAUCUCAUUACACAUCAGAAAAUUCACACUGGAGAGAAACCAUAUGAAUGUAAUGAAUGUGGGAAAGCUUUUAUUCAGAUGUCAAACCUCAUUAGACACCAGAGAAUUCACACUGGUGAGAAACCUUAUGCAUGCACAGUAUGUGGGAAAGCCUUUAGUCAGAAAUCAAAUCUCACUGAACAUGAGAAAAUCCAUACUGGAGAAAAACCCUAUCAUUGUAAUCAAUGUGGAAAAGCUUUCAGUCAGAGACAAAAUCUCCUUGAGCAUGAAAAAAUUCAUACUGGAGAGAAACCAUUUAAAUGUAAUGAAUGCAGUAAAGCCUUCUCUCGAAUCUCAUCCCUUACUCUUCAUGUGAGAAGUCAUACAGGAGAGAAACCUUAUGAAUGUAAUAAAUGUGGAAAAGCCUUCUCUCAGUGCUCAUUACUUAUUAUACACAUGAGAAGUCAUACUGGUGAGAAACCCUUUGAAUGUAAUGAAUGUGGGAAAGCGUUCUCUCAAAGAGCAUCCCUUUCUAUACAUAAGAGAGGUCAUGCAGGUGAGAAACACCGAGUUUUUCAAAGCUCAUGUGUUAUCUACAUAACAAAACCUGUGUUUGAUGAGGAUGUGCAGGAAUUGGAACCCUUGUGCAUUUUUGAUAGUGAUGUAAAAUUAGUGAGUGAAAUACAAAGUUUUCCUUACUUCUUUUUUAAAAUCUGCAAUCUGGCCUGCCCUCCAGGCCGCAGGGGGCAGAGGUGGGGCUCGAUGCCUGGGCGUCUGCUGCCGGCACUGGCCUCAGAUAAUCGCAUCUCCCGCCCGGUCACCCUGCCCUAUGAGUGGCCAUGGGACCACCCGCCGACCCCCCAAGAUGGAGCUGAUGGAGGGCUGCCAUCUGGACGCGCUCUCCUACCUGGGGUGCGCACUGGGCUUGCUGGGCUCGGUGCUGCUGAAGCUGGUGUGCUUGGUCCACCGGUGCUAAGCCCGCCCCCUCCCACAGCGCCUCUGCCACACUCCCAACCGCAUCCUCCUGGCCAUGUUCCUCCUCCACUAACCGCAAUCGUCUUUGAUUUCACCAUUUCUGAUCCAGGAGGAAAGCUGAUGCCCCUGCACACAUGUACAUUGGCGUUCAUGUUCUGUAUCUAUAACAGCUACUUGCAAAGCAGAUACUUGAGUCAGUAUGUGGUGUAUGCUGAUAACUGGGUCACUGAUCCCCAAUCUCUAGUAGGUUUUCACUUGUGGUUAAUAGGCAUGCAGAUAAACAUCCAUUCAGACCGUACCCUGAGGAAUCUCCAGAAGCCAGGGGAGACUGGAUAUAAAAUACCAGGGGGAAGCUUAUCUGAAUACUUAAUAGCAGUCAUCUUUCAGAGGUGGUUGGAUGGUGCGCCUAUGCCCUGGGCCCGCUGGGAGGCUGGGGGCACCAGCAGGGUUGUCACAGCCCCAGGGAAAUGCCCAGGCUUUCACUGUGGCUGCUCUGCAGUGGAGAACUUGGGGAUAGAGAAAGGAGAUACAGGGGGCCCAGCUGAGGCCUGGACAAGAGACCUCUGGCAUCUGUGGCAGCCUGGCUCCCCAGGUGACUCCACUGCAGAGCUGAGUGCCCUCAUCAUCACCAACCACGGACUCACAGAAUGCUCCAUCUACCACACGGCAUCCCGCACAGCAUUUUGUCCACGCAAGAAACUCAUUUCACAACAAAGGAGGUGCAGCAACGCAUUCAUCCCUGGCGUAUUAACGAGUCUUACCACAAGUUCCAUCACCUGGAAUGUUAGCCCGAUUGAAAGUGCCAGUGGAAGACAUCACACCGAAAGGCUGGAGUUCUGUUUUAGAGGCCAUAUGUCUGCUAUAAAAACCUCUCCACUAGCUCCUGAUGGCGGAGCACUCCUAACACGUUCCGUCUGGUGCUGCCUGACGGAAACACACCAGCCUGAGUUCAAGACCACCACCUUUCACUCAUUCCUCCGCCUCAUUCCCAACCCGUUAGUCCGGGACUACAUUUCCCAGACGUCUGGAGGACCCGCCGAUCCCGGCACCUCUGAGGCUCGGCGGGAAUACCGAAACUUGAGCACUCAUACUCGACCGGAAGGGAUCGUGGGGCUGGCUGACCAGCCCAGAUCCGGGAGGAUUCCUAGUUCAUGGCGUGUCGGGGAGUCGUCCACUCCCGAUCCCGCUCUCAAGAGGGCGGCUCUUUGUGAAGAGUACUCUGGACUGUCCGCUUCCCGGCUUUUAACUUCAGUUCUGAGAGACGUCUCGCCGCCUAAUUGCCGCGUGGACCUGUGGUUUCGCCGAGGUCCUCCGAGGAGGCGAGGCGAGGCUGGGCUGUCCCUGGAUUUUUCCUUCCCGGGGGUACAGUCUCCUGAGGGCCCCGCGGCAUAUUCCAUUUCCUGCCGAAGUUGGCUUGGCCGGGGAAGAGGAGAGGAAAGCCACUGUACAUCACCAGUCAUGGCGGAGGGCUUCCAGUUUAAAGAUGUGGCCAUUUACUUCUCUCAAAAGGAGUGGGAAUGCUUGCAUUCUGCUCAGAAGGGUUUGUACCGAGAUGUAAUGUUGGAAAUUUACAACAACCUAAUCUCACUGGGACUUUCUGAUUCUAAGCCAGAUGUGAUCUCCUUAUUGGAGCAGGGGAAGGAGCCCUGGAUGGUUAAGAGUCCAGAAGCAGAAGAAUGGCGCCCAGAUUGGGAGUCCAGAGGAGAAACCAAUAAUUUAUUUCCAAAGACGGACAGUUAUGAAAUUAAAUCAUUGCAAGUGAAGAUAAAAAGACUUGAAAGCUCUAGCCUUGCGUGCACUAGAGUCAGAGACAACAGAGAAAUCAAAUGCCACUUGGAGAAACAACAGGAGGGACAUUUCAGACAAACCGUGAUAACAUCUGGAGAAAGGGCUGUUUCCGUUCGGUGCACAGUUCAUGGAGUACUGCAGACAGAUGGUACUAGAGCAAGAAACAGUGACUGCCAGGGAUGUAAGGAAGCUGUCAGGUACCAGUCACACCAUAGUGAACAAGAAAGAAGUCCAAAUAAGGAAGAAGACUCUAAAUGUGGAGAAUGUGGAAAAGCCUUUAAUAGUAAGUCAGACUUGAUCAAGCAUCAGAGAAUUCAUGAAAGCAAAAAACGUAAUGAAAAUAAGAAAUGUGCCUAUAUCCGUGGCUCUGAAGUUACUAAACCUCAGAGCACUAAUACUGGUGAGAAACCUCAUAAAUGUAAAGAAUGUGGAAAAGCCUUCCAUUCUAGCUCACAGCUUCGUAAACAUCAAAAAAUCCAUAUAGGUGAGAAACCCUAUAAAUGUAAAGAGUGUAGAAAGGCCUUUCCAUCUACCUCACAACUUAAUUUACAUCAGAGAAUUCAUACGGAUGAGAAAUACUAUGAAUGUAAGGAAUGUGGGAAAGCCUUUACCCGUCCCUCACACCUUCUUCGACAUCAGAGAAUCCACACUGGUGAGAAACCCCACAAAUGUAAGGAAUGUGGGAAAGCCUUUCGUUAUGACACGCAACUUAGUCUUCAUCAGAUAAUUCAUACUGGGGAAAGACGCUAUGAGUGUAAGGAAUGUGGGAAGGUAUACAGUUGUGCCUCACAACUGAGUCUACAUCAAAGAAUUCACACUGGUGAGAAACCUCAUAAAUGUAAGGAAUGUGGGAAAGCUUUUAUCUCUGAAUCACAUCUUCUUCGGCAUCAGAGUGUUCAUACUGGUGAGAAACCAUAUAAAUGUAAGCAAUGCGGGAAAGCCUUUCGUCGCGGCUCAGAACUUACUCGACAUCAGAGAGCUCACACCGGUGAGAAACCCUAUAAAUGUAGGGACUGUAAAAUGGCCUUCACUUGUAGCACAGAACUUAUUCGACAUCAGAAAGUUCACACGGGUGAAAGACCCCAUAAAUGCAAGGAAUGUGGGAAGGCUUUUAUUCGAAAGUCAGAACUUACUCAUCAUGAGAGAAGUCAUAGUGGUGAAAAGCCCUAUGAGUGUAAGGAAUGCGGGAAGGCCUUCGGUCGUGGCUCAGAACUUAAUCGACACCAGAAAAUUCAUACUGGUGAGAAACCUUACAAAUGUAAGCAAUGUGGGAAGGCUUUUAUUCGGGGCUCACACCUUAGUAAACAUCAAAGAAUUCAUAUAGAACAGAGGAGUGAGUGAAGACGUGGGAGGGCUCAAAAUUUUAUUGACAUCUGCAAAGUCCUACUAGUAAAACACAAACCCUCCGCUGAUUUUACGGGAUGUGGGGAGGGGUUUGAAGAUAACAACUUAAUAUCAGAGUUCACACUGUGGGCACAAGGCCGCUAUUGGAGGGCCAGAAUUUGAUGUGUUACUGCUGAGAUACUUGAUAAAUGUUAGUGAUUGGGAGGGUUCUAUUUAUGUUUCAAAAUUUAUUAGACCAUCAGAGUUCAAUUAGUGUAAAAGUGAAAAAACUUCAUAAAUGUAAGGAAAGUGGGAAGGCUUUGGAAGGCAGUUAACGUGUCAGUGACGGUCCUACAGAUGUAGGAUUCAUAAUGUAAAUGUCAGAUAUAUAGGAGUCAAGUUUGCUUUAGCUUGUUACUCAUCUGGUAAUUCAUACUUGGGAAAGGGCUAUAGUAAUGUUGAAAAUGCAGCAGGUUCUUCUAUCCCACUCAAAUCUUGUUAAAUAUGUAAAGCUUAUCUGAUAAAAUUAACCUGAACUGAAUCAUAGUGGGACAGGACUUGACGAGUACUCAAUCUUUACUUGCCUUCACCAUUUUAAUUCCUUUCUUCUAGGGCAAAUGACUUAACUAGGUCUAAAUUUUCUCACUUAAAAAUUAGUAAUAUUAGCUCCAUCUUGUUAGCAUUGUGAAGAUGAAAUAUCCCUUAGAAUACGGUGUGGCUCAUACAAGUGUGUUAAAGAACUGCUUUUAUUACUUUAUUUUUAUACGUGUGGUUGGAGAUCAUUUGAGAGGAAGGCCUUAUGUGUGCAAUGACUAUAGGAACAUCUUAGUUCCUUUUUAUUGAAUGUCAGGUAAUUCCUUCUGGAGAAAAAUUAAAAACUGAAAGUUUUCAUUCACCUUACCCUCUUGCCUCACUAGGGGAAAGGAAAUCAAGGCAAAUUACAAGUAGGAGUGAAUGACAAAGGGACACACUAUGUGUUGAAAUGUGUAGGAUGAAACAAAGCUAUGCCCAGGAAGAUGACUUCUCUCAGCAGGGGUAGGAAGUGGGCACAGUGGCCAGGAUUCAUCGUCAGUUCUCUGCACUCGGCCACUGCCUGUGCUAAUAGAUUCCCCGGAAACACAUGUUGAAAUCAGAGGAAGGAGGGAGUGAAUAAAUAUCCAUCUCUGGUGGGUAGAAAAGCUCUCACAAAGUAAUUAGAAAGCAAAACAAACCAAAAACCUUGAAAACUUUUGAAAUGGGAAAAUAACCCUCAGGCAUCAUGAAUGAGAGGAUAUGUAACUACAAAAGUGGAGUUUUAAAGAAAUAAGGCAAUGCAGUUUUGGUUGCCUACCCAUUGGUGUUAGCCAUUCUCCCUUUGCCAGGACUGUCUGCUGCCCAUCUGAAGUCUAGCUUUUGCUGUCCUAGUGUGCUUAAUGAUUGGACACAUAUAAUAGUCCUGACCAUAGAAGAUCUGAGCAAAAGUCGUACGUAGGCUUUAUGUUAAAUUUUCUUUCCUAACAACAUAGGAAAUGGUCCUCUUAUACCCAGGAUGCAUGUCUGUAUGUGUAAUACCUGGAACUGUGGCCAUUUGGCUACCACACGGGUAAGAGGCUGAGAUUGGCACAGGGGUAGAUUGGAAUUAUCUGCAUCCUUGAUACUAUUGAGCUGAUGAAACAGUGUGGAACUGCCCUGUUCCUGGACUUUGAGUAAAAUAACCUUCAUGCCUGUCAGUUUUAAGUUGUACUCUCUUUUUUAUGAUAGAUCAGAGUCCUGGAAAAAUAUUUUUGUAUGAUAUACACAUAUUUAUUCCUUUUUAUUUAGUAAAAGGGGGAAAUGUU